AUAAAAGCUGAGGCACUCUAUGGUUCAAAGGUCACAUCGCAGCAAAAGCGGGAAAGACCAUGGCUUCGUCAGCUGGCGACGCUGCAGGCUCGUCUGACUCCGUUGCGGUCCGUCGCGGGCGAAGGGAGAAGAAGAAAAGCAACGCUAGCUCUGCCCUUGAAAAGAUUAGGAGAGGCAGAGAGACAGGUCAGGUGGAGGAAACAGAAAUAGAGGCUCCAGAACAGCUGUUUAAGUACGUGACAGAGGACGAGUACUCACGUCUGGUUAGAGAGAGACAGGCCGAUGGCUUCAUCCUUGAUGAUGAUGGUAGCUACAGCGAACAUGGAAGGGAAAUAUUUGACGACGACGAAACAGACCCCCAUCCAGGAGGGGUUGGGGAUAAAAAGCGACCCCCGGGGGGCAAGGCAGGGGCGAGCAAGGUAGCUAAGAGAGUGGCUAAACCGGGAAACAUUAAGGCCAUGGUCAUGGGAAUGGGAGGUGGAACCAAGAGAAAGAAGGAGGGGAGCAAAGCCUCCAUCGUGGGAGAUGAGCUUCUGGCUGACAUGCUUCAAAAGAUGGAGAACAGACCCAGCUCUGCUGCUAGUCCGAGUUCACGACACCCUUCCAGUUCCACGUUCACAACUCCACAGAGGAGACCAGUGAAAUUCACUCCUCGUCUAUCCUCCACCCCCUCUUCCUCCCCUCACCCUCCUCCCCGUCCUCACCCGUCACCCUCCCCAUUCUCACUCACAAAGAGAGUAAAACGAGAGCACCCUUCCCCACCUCCUCCCUCACCUCCUCCCCAACCUCACUGGGAUGACAGUACUGCCAAUGAUGACUGGGAUGGAGAAAUGGGGGACGAUGAUGGUGGUUUCCAGGACAACGAACCCACCAUUGCCGAGGAAACCGAGAAGCCAGAUGUGCCAGAGGCAGCAGUGUCAGUGCCAGAGGCUGCAGUAUCAGUAAGUGGCUGGGAGACUGUCAGGGAAGACCUCACUGCCUCACAGCAACAGACAGCCAGUCAGCAGGCGGUAGAAGCCCCCACUGAUCUACCAACACAGGAGGUGGACGGGGAGGAGGUGCUGCAGUUCUACUGGCUGGAUGCCCACGAGAUGCCGUAUCGUCAGCCAGGCACUGUCUUCCUGUUCGGGAAGGUCUGGGUGCCUGCCUCAAACUCUCACGUCAGCUGCUGUGUGGUGGUAAAGAACAUUCAGAGAUGUCUCUACUUCCUCCCAAGGGAAAAGAUCCUGGGUCCGUCUGGAGUAGAGACAGACACCCCGGUCUCAUUCGAGGCUCUCUACUCCGAAUUCAACACCAAAUACGCAGAACCGCAGCGGAUCAUGAAAUUCACCUCUCGUCGUGUCACCCGGCACUAUGCCUUUGACCUUCCUGACGUCCCGCAGGAGAGUGAAUACCUGCAGGUCUAUUACUCAGCCGAGUAUCAGGCUCCGCCCACUAAUGCCUCCGGGAAGACUUUCUCUCGGGUCUUCGGUACCACUACCUCCAGUCUGGAGCAGCUGGUGUUGUCACGGCAACUGAAGGGUCCGUGCUGGCUACACGUUGUUCAGCCCAGGAGUGGGUCAAGUCCAGUCAGCUGGUGUAGACUGGAGUGUGUAGUGGGCGGAGUCGAUGGUGUGAGGGUGGUGCCCACGCAGGCUCCGCCCCCUCCUCUCGUCACCCUCAGUCUCUCCUUCGCUCUCUCUCUCAACCCAAAGACACAUGCCAAUGAGGUGUUGUGUGCUGGUUGUCUGGUUCAUUCCAGUGUGGCUCUGGAUAAACCUCCUCCAAAGAUUCCCUUCGAGACAGACUUCUGUGCCAUUAGGAGUCCAGUGGAUAGAAACUUUCCUUUUGGGUUUGAAGACCUCCUCAAGAGAAAGAGGUUCAACGUUGAAGUGUCGCUAUCAGAGAGAGCCCUACUGGCCUUUCUACUGGCUAAGAUCCACCGCAUGGACCCUGAUGUCAUAGUGGGUCACAACCUCACUGGCUACCAGCUAGCAGUUCUCCAGUACAGAAUGGCAGCCUGCAAGGUUCCCCAGUGGUCCAGAAUCUGCCGACUCCGCAGAAAGGAGAUGCCAAAGGGGCGAUGGGCGGGGUCACAACUCUGUGCGGGCCGGCCAGUCUGUGAUGUCAUGACAUCAGCCCGGGAGCUAAUUAGGGCUCGCAGCUAUGACCUAGCUGAACUGUCUCACACUGUUCUUAGAAAGCCUCACAAACCUCUGGAGCCAGACGAAAUCCUACAGAGCUUCAAUCAUGCUGAUCAGUUGGUGUCUCUUGUUGCCCACACAAUGGAUCAAUCUCUGCUGUCUCUACAGCUCAUGUAUGAGCUAAAUGUUCUGCCACUGGCCUACCAGAUCACGUGCAUAGCUGGCAACAUCUUCUCCCGCACAUUGUGCGGAGGGAGAGCAGAGAGGAACGAAUAUCUUCUGCUCCAUGCCUUCACUGCCAAGUACUACAUAUGUCCGGACAAGAUCCCAGCCAGCAAGAAACAGCCUGUGACAGAGGCGGAAGAAGAGCAGGGAGAGGGAGGGGCAUCGGGGGUGAAAGGUCGCAGAAAGCCGGCCUACACAGAAGGUCUGGUGUUGGAACCGAAAAAGGGUUUCUACGAUACUUUCAUUCUUCUCCUGGACUUCACUCUCUGUACCCCUCAAUCAUCCAGGAAUACAACAUAUGUUUCACCACAGUCGAUCAUGCUCACUGUUCCACUGAUGGAGAUGACUACAGUCAGCUGCAGCUCCCUGAUCCCUCCCUCUCUCCCGGUGUCCUGUCUUCUGAGAUCAGAGUCCUGGUGGAGAGACGACGACAGGUGAAGCAGCUGAUGAAGAACAGUGUGGCAGGCUCUGAGCAGCACUCCCAGCUGGACAUACGACAGAAGGCCCUGAAACUGACGGCCAACUCCAUGUACGGCUGUCUCGGGUUCUCGUACUCUCGGUUCCACGCCAAACCCCUUGCCGCCCUCAUCACUGGCAAAGGGAGAGAGAUCCUGUCUCAUACCAAGGAAUUGGCAGAGAAAGUAAGUGCGUGUGUAUGUGUGUGUUAUACUUUUGUGGUGACAUUGCAACUCCAGAUGAACCCACCAAGUCUGAUAUACUGUGUUGCGCAACUUUCGAAGCUUCUCGCUAAACCGCGUGGAAACGUGUAUAAGGGCUAAAUUUAAACGA